GCGGGCGGCGCCGCCGCCCCUGUAGAGAAGCCGACGAGCGGAGCCGCCGAGCAGGUUUGCUGUAAACUAUCUACAAUAGCUAUAAUGACACCAGCCCUCAGAGAGGCAGCAACAAAAGGUCAUGGUAUCCACUUGUCACCUUCUUUGUCCUCUAGAGCUAUGGAGUCUGAUACAACUUUGUGCAUGGAAAAUUCCAGAGCAGUCGAAGAGACGAUAAAGGAGGAUUCCAUCACACAGAUUACUUGCUCAGUCUUGGGGUUUCCCACUACUGAGCCCAACCUCAGUAAUGAUAUCUUCAGUGUAAAACACUUUGGUUCUCCACAGUCUUCCAGACAUUAUCAAUCUGUCUUAUUAAUGAGCACAAAUUCUCCAUUAAACAUAAAAAACAAAAACACUAAGCAAAGGAAUUCAGAAGAGCACAAGUGCUCCCAGAUGAGAAAUCUACUACAUAAUGGUGCUACCACACAGGUCAGUCAGAUUAAUAAUUCAGAACCUGAAGAGCAGGUCAGAGGGGAAACUUUAUCGGAGACCAUGACCCAGAGUUUGGCAGAAAUGCAGAGACUGUUGGAUUCAAAUGUAACUGAAUCCAAUAAUGUGGAAGAAAUGCAGCUUACAAACUGUAAAUGGUAUCGGAAGAAUGGCUUUUUGGAUAAGGGUCUACUAGUACAUGCUGAGACAAAAAAAAGGAAUUUAUUGCAUCAAGUUGUGCAUGAGCCUUUGAAAGCAAUUGUGAGCUGCACCCCCACUAGUAAAGAAGAGGAGUUGAAUGCUCACUUACUUCAGUGUGUCAGUAAGCAACAAGUUGUGCUCAGUCGAGCCAAAAGAGCUCAGAAACGUUUACAGAUACUCCUGGCAAAGCAUGUUGUCAAACACUGUGAUCACCAGCUGAAAUGCUUUGUGAAACAUCAGCUCCAAAGAAUGAAAGUUUUUCAUGAUCCAACCAGAUUUUUGGACAGUAGCUCCCUUGGAUGCACUGAAAUUAGGGCAGAAAACAGUAUAACUAACUUGGAAAAUAAUUCAAAUAAAGAAACACAGAAUGGAUUCGGCAUUGAACCUGGUGAAAUCUGGGGUUUUGCACACUCUGCUACAGGGCUGCUGUCUCAUGUGGAGAAAGAUCUGGACUCUGAUGCCACUUGCAGUAGCUCAGAUGAAGAUUGUGAUGAACAGACUGUCAGAAAAACUGUGGAAGCCAACUAUAGUUCUGAAUGGAAGUGGCUUGUAGACCGAGCUAAAGUUGGCUGCCGUUGGACAUGGCUUCAAGCCCAGAUUUCAGAGCUAGAAUACAAAAUCCAACAACUAACUGACCUUCACAGGCAGAUACGAGCCACCAAGGCGAUGGUGAUCUUAGAAGAAUUCCCACUUCCAAAAGACAUUUUGAAGAAGCAAACACAAUUGACAAACCCAGAAGCUUUAUUAAACACCACGGGGAAUUCUCAAGCUAACCUUGAGAGACAGGAUUCUUUGCCGGAACACGAUUUUGAAAUGUCACCAAGCAGCCCUACUUUACUUCUACGAAACAUAGAAAAACAGAGUGCUCAGCUGAGUGAAAUCAUCAAUAAUCUAAUUGCUCCACUCAAUCUGUCCCCCACGUCCUCCCCUCUCUCUUCCAAGUCCUGUAAGCAGAAACAACUGGUCAAUGGCAUAUCUCUCAGAGCUUCAGACAACAAAGAGGAAAUGUCAUCUUCUAGUAGCCAGCUGCUUGAUCAUCAACACAUCAAAAAAAGAAGAAAAGACAGGACAAGGCUGAGAUCGCCAUCUGUAACUAUCAUGACCACAUCUGCCCGAACAAGGCCACUUCAGAGUUUCCAGAAGAGGAAACUAUACAGAAUGAGCAGUGCAUGUUACUGGAAUCAACAGGCUUUGCUGUCUAGAGAUGCCUCGUUUCCAUAUAAUACACAGAUGCCUUGCAUGGCUCCAGUCUCCAUUUGGAGCAGUUCUGACCAUGGUACAUCAUCCAGAAUAGUACAACAACAUAUACCAGAGGUGGACUCCUCUCUUCAUCCUGUGUUAUCAUUCCCCUCGGAUAUCCCUCUUCAUAUAUAUUUUGAAACAUUGUUGAAGGAGGACAAGAUCAAAGGAGAUCCUGUUGACACCUCAGCACUAGGGGUAGAGUUUAAAAUGUCUCCAUCCAAUGAAUAUAAUCAACGUAGUGCUUCUCUCAAACAAUGGAGCAGUGGCUAUUUACUUAAUUCCAAACCUCAAGCAGCAUCAGGAACAUCUGAACAGUUGUCAGAGGGAAGAAAGAAAAGGCACCUAAGUGAGACAGCAAUAGGAGAAAGUAACAGUAGGUUUGAAGCUUUUUCCUUUCAACAUGCAGAACCAGAAUCCCAUAAUGAUUUUACUGCCGUGACCCAUGUCAAUCUGAUGUCUAGAUCUACCCAAAACGCAUCAUCGCAGCAUAACUCUAGACGGAGACUGAGAAGUGAGAGCUCCUAUGAUAUAGACAACAUUGUUAUUCCUAUGUCACUGGUUGCUCCCUCUAAAUUGGAGAAGCUGCAAUACAAAGAAAUCCUUACUCCAAGCUGGAGAGUUGUUGAACUUCAUCCUCUGGGGCGAUCUCAUGUAGAUGAAGAAGAGAUCGAAGAUCUGUCAGAUGAACUUUUUUCUUCACGUCAUGCAAAAUAUGAAGAGAGAGAAAAAGCAAGGUGGUCGUUGUGGGAACAGAGCCGAUGGCCCAGAAGAAAUAGCAGACCUUAUAGCAAAAAUGCUGAAGGACCGCAGGGCCAAGAUCCAGUACUGAAAGAAAACCAUCGCAACUCAUGUGCCUCACUGCGUUGUGCUGCUGAAGCUGCUUCUGAUCUUACUUCAGAAAUCCACAGUUCUGUAUGUUUAAGGGUCCCACAGCCUUCAAAGGAAAACCAAGAAGCAAAGUCUGAGCUGUGGGAACUUCGGGUUUUUCCGUUAAAGGAUGAAGACAUAGAAACCUUACGGUGCCAAGACCAAAUAACAAAUCAGACUGAAAGUUCAAGUGCAGCUUUCCACAGUGACUCCCUCUGCACUUCAUGUACUCCCAUCACUUUGCCAAACAAUGGCCAUCCACCAAGAAAACAAUCCACAGAAGAGCUGGAAGACUGCAAAAGUGGUUUCCUGGGACUCUGCAGCACAAGAAAACACAGGUGACAGGGAAUAAUGUGGUUCAUUAGGAAAGCCGAUUAAGAUGGAGAAAAGUAUAAGGUAAAAUCUCUGUUGUUCACACAAGAAAUAACAGCACAAUUCAAAUACUGUACAUUAGCAGCAUAUAAUAUAUUUUCUUUCUUGCUUUGUAACAGGUAGGAUAAAAUCCCAAACGCAACACUUUCUUCUUCCCGAACCACAAGAGAAACUAAUUCUUUCGAGCUGGAAGUCUAGUAUUCCCUGUGCUGAAAGUGGGCACACCUAAAUAGCUAGCACGGUUUACUGCUUUCUGUUGUCAUCUUGCCACGUUCUUUAAUAUUCUUCCUUUUUUUCUUUCAAAUGUGUUUAUGGUUCUGAUGGAUUCUGGGACAGCAGAACACACUUUAUUCCUUUAAACAAACAACUUCAAAACACAGAAAAACUACUUGAAAAGACAGUGAGGAGGAGGGGGUAAUUUCAAAUUGUUUCCUUUGGAGGCAUGAGCAUGUGGCAAAUACCUGCCUUGUCUGAAAUCCCUUGAAUAUUUAAGUACCAGUAGUUUUUAUAUGACACUUUCAGAAGCCUUAUAUUUGGCUUAAAAUGAGUCACUCAUUCAACUCUGAGGAUUUCUGCAUGAAACUAACAAUAAACACUAACACACAAAUAUACCACUAUAUUUCCAUAGUUGAUUUCUCUACUAUAUGAAAGGUAGACAGUUUUCUAUUUCAGUCACAUGGGGAGCAGAGAAGCCUAAGAGUGGUGAGGAAACAAAGAUUGAAUUAAAUGAAGAUGCAGCUCUGAAUUUCAUUUUGGAUCAUCAGAUAUUUGGAGACCUAACUCCUAGACCUGCAGUAGCUAAUGCUGCUUAUAACUGUGUGCUGUGUAUCUUACCAACAAGUAUAGUUAUUACGAUUUCUAAGCAAUACCUUGCAAGGUUCUACCAAGUAUGCAAAAGCAGAGUGACUAACCAGAAAGGAAAACAUUGUUAAUAAGGACAUCAGAAGGGCUUAAAAAAAAAUUUCAUAAUGUUUCUAAAUACAGAUUGAUUUUUAAAUUCCCAGCCAUUACACUAAGAAAAUAAAAGCAAAUUGUUUAAACUCAUACAUUCUGAAUUAUAGUAUUUAGAAUUUAUCUGCAUCCUCAAGUGAUGCUAAUAGAAGACGACGCAUACAAGAAUUGACGAUAUAGCAGUAUUCUUGUAGCAGAACAAUAAUUCGACACCAGUAGCACAUAUGUAUAAACCACUGUCAGCAGGAAGUUUUUCUGUGUACAACAGUUGAAGGCAAUUAUAUAGGAGUCUCUGUUCUUGUACAAAAUUUUUCCUCAGCUUGUAAUAUCCAAUACUGACAGAUGACCCGUUUGUAGUGUCAAACUUAAAUUUUUUCCUGUCAGAUUGACUGGAAAUAUACGCUGGACCUCAGAAAAAAGUUCAGUCAAGUUUCAACACUACUGCCUAUGCUACAUUGUAGUUUAUUGCACAUUCUGAUUUAUUUUAAAUCCUUUUUUUAAACACUGGUUUGUCCAGCAAAUUAAACUCAAAUUUUGCCUCAAUGUCUGAUACAAUAAUCUUCAAUGCAAGGUUUUUUAAAUUAAAAGUUAUUUCCAUACAAUGUGUAUAGUCUGAAUUUGAUUAGCAAUAGAAGUACUUAGAUUCCCUUCACAGGUCUGUAACAUCAAAUUAGUGGUAUGUGCCUUUAAGACCUGAAGACCUGUAUGGUCUUUUAAUGGCUUUGUGGGAGCCACAAAGUAGUAAGGGUACAAAGCCUUGCUGUUGCAUUUGUUAAUGUUGCAUAACUAACUGGCUGUGAGAUUGUUGUUUCCCCCUCUAUUAUCCUUUCUUCCUAGUUUCUGAGUGGAAUGGGGUAUUUCUCAUCUCUCUCCCUCGUCUUCUGGCUGCUGGGAAUGUGAGUUGGAGAGCAAUCUGAGGUGAGGCUCUUUUCUUCUCCAUUCCCCUGCUCCUUCAAAGUGAAGAUAGGAGCAGCUCAGAUCCUCAUAGCUCCCAUCAUACAACUUUAUAGAUUGUUCAGUGCCUCCUGCGCUUGUCUGAUCUAUCUGGUAGUGUGAGGAGCAAUCCUGGGAUCUGGGCAUCAGUCACAUGAACUCCCUGCAUGCAGGACCCAGGAGAACUACAGGUGAGGAACACUGACUUAGUAAUGAAGUCUGAAUCAUCCAGGAUCCUGAAGGAAAAAGAGAGAGUUAAGAGAAUAUUUUAAAAAUGAAGUAAACUUUCGAGUAGGACUACUAACCAAACUGGGCGGGUUGGCAGGCAGCUCGCUGCAUUGCUUUUUAGAGGAUCUGGAUAGGAGACUCUUGCACUAUAAAAUCAGUAACGACAAAUGGUAUUACGUAGGAUGAAGAAAUCUUUGCAGUGCCCCUGAGUAGUUCCUGGCAAUUUCCUUUAUUGAGCAGUAUUAACAUCCUCUUCUAAAGAUGUUAUUUGUUAAUCUUGCCAGUUACAUGGCUGAUACAAAUGGAGAUUGCACACAACCUCUUUGUCCCUAUUGAAAUGCCCUCUGCCCUACCCAUUGUGUGAACAGGCUAAACCUUCCAAGAACGUAAUGAAACCACCCUGGCAAAGAUGAGAUGGGCAAGAAAGAGACUGAAAAACUGGAUGCAAAAUGGAGAACUUUCCUUUUAUAUUUUCUUCCUAUGCGAAUAUUUAAGGCAUUUUUUUCCAUCAGAAACUUUGCUCUUGUAGUCCACAUCUCAUCUGAUUAAAAAACAGAUUUGGGAUAGCAAAAUAAUCUGCUGGGGGCAGAUUCUAAGACCACUUCCAUCCCUUGAACUCCAUGACAUAAGGCAAGAAUAGAAUAUAGUUUAUUGUUUCUCUUUACUUACCACUCCCCCAUACCAGCCCUGCACUCUGUAAUCCUUCCAGUUCCUGUAUGUCUCCCAUAAUUACGUGUGUGCUUUCUCCCAGUGCCCCAAGUGCCUGGAAUGGCCAUCCUCUUCCCUCCCUCCCCUCCCCCAAGCCUACACACUACACACCACAUACCCUCUCCUUCAAAUCUCCCCCUACUACUCCACAAGCUCAUUUUAUUGGUAUAAACCUCCCUCCUCCCCAGUGUCAUCUCCCUGACUCUGGAAACUCUUGGGGCUAAGGAUGCUACUAUUUACUUGUAUUACAGUAGCCCCUAGAAGCUCCAGCUGAGAUCGAGGCCCUAUUUUGCUAGGGUCUGUACAAACACAUUGGAAGAGAUAGGCCUUGCUCCAAAUAGUUUAUAGUCCAGAGCCAAGACAGCGUGGGAUUAUGAUCCCCAUUUUACAGAGAGAGAGAGACAGACAGUAAGUGACUUGCCCAAGGCCACACAGGAAGUCUGUGAUAGUAAGAAACUGCACUUAGUCUGUCUAGCACCUACACAAGCCCCAUCCCCACCCUCUUUCUUCACAUCUGCUGUACAUAUCUGUUGUGCUGUCUUCAGUUCUUAAUAAUAAAAACUUAUGGUUAUAAUAA